AGGAGGAUUUAAAGGGUCACGUGAAAGGAGUAAGGCUGUUGUCACAUGGGUUGUGUUUCUUUCCCGGUAAGGAGGUGUUGAGAAGUUUUGAGUGAGAAGUUGAACAAUUAUUUAUUAAAUCCUCAAAAACCGAAGGGGGCAAACUACAUCCGUAUUGGGCUGAAAAUAUGGAAAUUCCUGCCAUAAACCUCAAGGCCAUAGUACUGGUGCACUGGCUUCUGACCGUCUGGGGCUGCAUGGCCUGGCUGCCCCCCUCUUAUGCCUGGGGUAACUUCAGUGUCCUGGCUGUGGGUGUGUGGGCCAUCGCUCAGAGGGACUCCAUUGAUGCUGUACUUAUGUUUCUGAUUGGUAUUGCAGUGACGAUACUGACAGACAUCAUCCAUUUUGGGAUCUACUAUCCGCUGCCUGAGGGUCUAUCUGAGAUGAACAGGGACACAUUCCGCUUCAGUGCGGGCAUGGCAAUCCUGGGCCUGGUACUCAAACCUGUCUCCUGCUUCAUCAUCUACCAAAUGUACAGAGAGCGCGGAGGAGAUUACAACGUCAACUUUGGCUUCCCCAGUGUAACACGAAACAGAGAUGCUUACCAGUCCAUUGACCAGCAGGACCAGACAGCCAGCUCAGCCAACCCCUUCAACCAGGCCAGGGAUACCAAGCCUGGAGCAGCAAACUCCUCCUGAGAGCCAGCACAGCACUCACUUUAUUCUCUUGGACAUGCAUGGUUUCAUGAAGGAAUCCAUAAUGUUUUUGUUAAAUUGUGUUUUUUCAAAGCCAAUUCUGUCUUCAUUUCAUAUGGGUAUCUGUGAACUGUAAGAGUCCUUUGUCUAUUAUUCUGUGCUUCAUUCAAUUCCUUACCAAUAAUGUCUUGAUCUAAAUACACACUCUGACAUGUUCAGUAUGCUUGAUGCUCAGGGUAAUGUCACAUACACUGGCAUAUGGAGAGAACUUGAAAUACCCCAGUCACUGCACAACAGUAAAAUGAGAGCUGUGAUUACAUUUGAUAUGUUAUGGUACGCAAUCACUAACCACGUUUCCAUCCACAGUUUUUAUGUGAGGAAAGUCCUACGAAAACAAAGUUUCGUUACAAUUUUCUAAAAGACAAAAGAUAAUUUGCUCUUUCUACACUAACUAGGUUUCCAUCCAAUUAGCGACAGAUUUUCUAGCGAGUAUUCCAAAAUCUGCAUAAAGAAAAUCUGUGCAUUUUCCCACCAGUGGUGUUCCCACCAAAUGGACUUUGGUGGAAAAUAAAAAUCAGUGAGUGAUGA